CAGGUGCUGUUUGACUUCUUUAGGUGGAAUUCUUUUGAGGGAGGGCUGUGGAGAAGUUCACAUUAGUAUCAUAUGGUCAUAUUAUUGAUUUUCAAGGAAGAUGCAAAUUAAACUGGUUUUGAUGAGGAUUGGUUUGGUAGGGUUUGUGUGUGUGUGUGUGUGUUUUAAACAGCCAUAUAGCACCAUAUUGCACUUGCUGAAAUUGGGCUCUUUGUGUAGAUGAAGCACGGACUCAGAGAACGUCUUGGCUUAUAGUUUUGGACUUAAUUUUUGGUGCCUUCAUGAUGCUGACUAAUUUUAUGCUGCCCCUUCCGUUCCCCAAUAAUCCUAUCUGAAUUUCCUAAGCAAAGCCCUGUGAGUCAACUUAUUCCUUAGAUUCUACUUACUUACUCAAUAUAUAGUAAUUGCCAACACAUUUUUUCUGUUGUAAAUGGGCCAGAUAAAGCAUUGUUCACACAUUCAAAAGAGAUCUGAAUGCAGCAGUAUGGUUUCAGCCGAGAUUAUUUCAAAUCACUAGAUUUCCAAUUUGUUUGAAAUAGCUAGAAGACUUGAGGCUGUUUUAAAGUGUCUUAGUGCUUACUGCUUUACAUAAAAGAAGUUUUAGAGUUCCAGUUCAGGCAUUCAGUAAUUCUGUUUAUUGGAGCAAAGGCUAUGGAAGGUAAUACUUAACAACAGACUAAGCUGUUACAUGUUGGCUACACUGGAAACUAUAAACUCUUUAGCAAAAAGAUAAAACUAAAGAUAGAUAGCAACUAGAAAGUUUAAAAUAGAUUUUUCUAGAAAACUUUUUAAAAACCAUUUUUGUAUGAAUAACUAGUACUUUAUGUACAAGAACUGAAGCACAGUUGUUGAUGCACAGUUGCAAUAUAUCAAUAGCUUUACUGAACAUGAGUUUUUUUCUGUAGAGUUUAAUUCUCUAAGAGAAUUGUACUUUAAUUUUGCAAACAGACUCAAAGCAAGAAGAUUGGUCAGCUUUUUCUAUUGGCAAGUAUUAGGACAGAAGACCUUUCUACCGAGCUGUUUAAUUACUUGGAAUACUGAAAUUCCCGAUGAGGCAUGAAAUCAUCAGGUUUGCAUUUCUGAUAUUUGUUUUCUCUGUUGAAGGGAAUGAAAACUGCAGGAAACCUGUCAAGUACUGAAUAUUUAAGGUUGUGAGACAUCACCAGAGAAAACUGCACAAUGUCAACUGCAGGAGUUGCUGCUCAGGAGAUGAGAGUCCCAUUAAAAACUGGAUUUCUUCACACUAGUCAAGGCAUGGGGAGUCUGAAAACCUGCUGGGGUAGCCACAGUGGAUUUGAAAAUUCUUUCUUUAAUGUGGAGCCUAUAGCAGUGGCAUAUAAUUUAGGUCCAUCAACAGAGCAGCAUUUGCCAUCCAUUGGGCACUCUUCCAGCCAGGCUUCCAUGAAUGACCACAUUGCUGAAAGUUGCAUCCAAGUGCCAUCUCAGAAAUCCAGUCCCCUUCCUGUAAGUCCCAAAAAUGAACAGACAAUUUCAAGAUACGAAGACCAUCUCGUUCCUGGCUUCAGUAAACUGUCAUUAACCAUGAGCUGUGUUUCUGAAGAAACACCUCCUCACAUGGCAAUAAAAAAUGGACCAAUUCAAUUUCUGUCUGCAUCUUCCAGUGAUCGUAGCUCCAGGCCACUACCCCCUCUGCCUAUUUCUGAAGACCUUGCUUCAGAUGAGGUUGACAAAGAAGUGGAAUUCCUGACUAGCUCAGAUACUGACUUUUUGUUAGAAGAUUAUGAACUUCCUUUUAAAGCCAGUGCUCCAAGUCGGCGGAGCUUUAGGGGCUGUGGACAAAUCAACUAUGCAUACUUUGAUACUCCAACAGGACCAAAACCAGAAGAUUCCAACCCUACACAAAGUAUAAAUGUAUACAUAUCCAGUAUUUACCCUCCUCCACAGCAGCUGCAUCGACGCUUGCGAAGGUCCCAUUCUGGGCCAGCUGGAUCUCUUAAUAAACCAAUAGUGAGACUAUCUGGACACUUAAACAGGUCUUCUCCAACCUCUGAUGAAGAUAAACCAGAGAUUCCACCACGAGUUCCCAUACCUCCAAGGGCACUCAAACCAGACUACAGAAGGUGGUCAGCAGAAGUUGCUUCUAGUGCAUACAGCGAUGAAGACAGGCCUCCAAAAGUACCCCCAAGAGAACCUCUGUCACGCAGCAAUUCCCGUACCCCAAGCCCCAAAAGCCUCCCAUCAUACCUCAAUGGGGUUAUGCCCCCCACCCAGAGUUUUGCACCUGAUCCUAAGUAUGUCAGCAGCAAAGCUCUACAAAGACAAAAUAGUGAAGGAUCUUCAAACAGGGUCCCUUGCAUUCUUCCAAUUAUUGAAAAUGGUAAGAAGGCCAGUUCAACACAUUACUAUCUGCUACCUGAGAGGCCUCCAUAUUUGGACAAGUAUGAGAAAUUCUUCAGAGAAGCAGAAGAAAGGAGCUCUAACACCGAGGUUCAGUCCUGGUCUGGUGAUUGCACAGCCACCUCAGCCCCAAUAAAACUGGACUCAAAAGCCAGAAUGGACAUGGGUGGUCACCUGAAACGAAAACACCUGUCUUACGUGGUUUCCCCGUAGUUUCUGGGAGCACAGUCAGUCCCACCUUAGUUGUUCAGGAUGGAGCUGAACUUUAUCAUGUUAUAAAGUUCUUAUGGUUCUCAGAUAAUGAAGUAGGAGCAGUUUGACCUCUGAGAACUGGAAAGUGGAUGGUAAAGUCCUCUUAUGCUGCAUAUGUUGGAUACGUUUCUUAAGACUCUUUUUGUUUAUCUAGGUAUGUAAGCUGAAAACCUACAAAGUUCCCAUACAAAAAAACAUAUGGAGGGAUAGUAGUCACAGCGGGCCAGUUGUAUGCUGCCUAGAUGAACGUAUUUGGUAGUCACAUUAUCAAAAAAAAAAAAAAAAUAAAAUCAAGCUUUGCUGAGAGUCACUUACAAAGCAGACAACAGACCAACUAAUGCAGUACAGUUUUUGUAUUGAGUAUUUUCCAAAAUUUCUUUUACAUAGUAACUGUACGGAGAACAGACUCUGUUCUCUUUGACCAGGCUAUGUCAGCUUGAUAAGAAGGUAACUGCAAGAUUUGAUACCGACUUCAAGACUUGGCAGGCAUAUUGGAAGCACAUUUUGAAAGUUUAAUCUAUUUUACAAAUUAAUUUGAUGCUAAUAGACUUUUAAAGUGAGUUGGUUUUGUGGAUUCACUUGCUAGACACACUUGGCUCGGUUUUGCAGUUUCUCCUAGAAGAGUUGGACCAGCUAUUACUAAGCCUCUGCUGCUGCUCUUUUCCUGCUGGAUCCUAGAUACGUGUGAGAGUGUCUUGAGCAGCCCCUUGGUUGCUCUCAGGUAGGCAGUAACAACUUUGUGCUCACCUAGAGUCUGAAAUUCUGACUGUAUUAAAUACAGAAACACAGCACAAGCUGGUCUUGUGUUUUGGUUUCUGUUCAGUAUUUUAGGGGAGGAGGAGGGUAUGAGGAAAAAACAUGAUUCCAUUUAUGGACAGUCUCUUGCUGCUUGGAUGCUGCUUCUUGCUGUUUAAUUUUUCUUCACUGUGCCUCAGCCAUCCACUGAAGUUCACUGAGGUGCCACAUUAGCGGUUUCUCAUGCUCAUUUUGGUUACAUUUAUCCUCUUACAGAAAAGCACAAGAGAAAGGGUGCUCAUUAAUGGGGGUACAGAAGAUGAAUGUGUUCCUCCUAACAGAAGUAAACAAGCUGUUUACAGUUAAAACUGCUGAAUGAGAUGUUUGAGCUAUUUUAAAGCUUACUUUUUAUUUGUUUUAGUACAAACUAAAUGAAGGUGAAAUACAUGCUAUAGAAAUGCACUGAUAUUUCUGCAUCAUGUACAGUAUUGAAUAAAAAAUAAUUCACUUUGUAUUUUGAAUAUUGUCAUGUCUUGAGUUUAAUAAAGUUAUAAAAUACUUAUUUAUGAUACAUUUUGGAUUUUGCUUUAUUGAAUAGUGUAUGCAAUUGUGCAUUAGAGUUCUGCAUUUACUGCAAAGUCAAUAAUGUUAAAUAUACAGCAAAUGUUGAAUUCACCUUGCAUUUAGUUAGGAUUAAGAUUUCUGCAGAAGUGUUCAGUAACUCACAUUGCACACUGUUCAUUUUAAUGCCUUGUUACUACCUGGUAGCAUGUUGUCUAUAGUUUUGUGCUGGCAAUAAAACAUUCUGUGAGAUUAAGUUA